UGAUGUUCUUCCAAUUCAUGAGUGCCACAAACAAACCAUGAUUGAUCAGUUUCUUGCACUGCUUCUCCUCUUAGUUCUUUCAUACGUUUUAUCGUUCGUUUACAAGAACCUAAAAUCUGAAAGAAGCAAAAUCAAUCUUCCACCAGGAAGUUUUGGAUGGCCGUUCAUCGGAGAAUCUCUAUCUUUUCUCCGGGCAAGUUGGGAUGGAACUCCGGAGAGAUUUGUUCGAGAACGAAUCAAGAAACAUGGCAAUCCAUUAGUAUUCAAGACGUGCGUUUUUGGGGAGCGUAUGGCAGUGCUUUAUGGUCCCGCCGGCAACAAGUUUCUGUUUGGGAACGAGAACAAGCUGGUGGCGGCAUGGUGGCCGUCGAGCGUGAAAAAGCUUUUUGGCCGGUGUUUGAUUACAAUCCGUGGUGAUGAAGCAAAGUGGACGAGGAAGAUGAUGUUAUCAUAUCUGGGACCAGAAGCUUUCGCCAGUCAUUAUGUUGCCACCAUGGACAUCAUAACUCGUCGCCAUAUCGAAAUUCACUGGCGAGGCAAGGAGGAGGUGAACGUAUACCCAACCGUGAAGUUAUACGCCUUUGAGCUCGCCUGCCGUUUAUUUAUGAGCCUCGAGGAGCCUAACCAUAUCGCAAAACUUGGUUCCCUGUUUAACAUCUUCUUGAAAGGCAUCAUUGGGCUACCUCUAAACUUCCCAGGCACACGAUUUUAUAGAUCGAAAAAAGCAGCGGCAGCAAUUAGGAAAGACCUUAUGAUGAUUAUUAAAGAGAGAAAAGCGGCUUUGGAAGAAGGAAAGGCAUCAUCUUCACAAGACCUCCUGUCACAUUUUCUUACAUCUUCGGACGACAAUGGCAAGUUUUUAACUGAGAUGGAGAUUGCUAAUAACUACUUAUUAUUACUAUUUGCCGGUCAUGACACAUCCACUGGAUCUAUCUCGUUGCUCAUGAAGAAUCUUGGCGAACACCCUGAUGUGUACGACAAGGUGUUGAGAGAGCAAUUGGAGAUCUCAAAGUCAAAAGCAGCAGGAGAAUUACUGAAAUGGGAGGAUGUACAGAAGAUGAGAUAUUCUUGGAAUGUUGUAUGUGAAGUUAUGAGAAUAAAUUCGCCAUCCAUUGGAACCUAUAGAGAGGCGCUGAUAGAUUUCGAGUACGAAGGUUAUAACAUUCCCAAAGGAUGGAAGCUAUUUUGGAGUGCUGUAUCGACACAUAAAGAUGAGGCUAACUUUGAAGACGCGACACGGUUUGAUCCAUCUAGAUUUGAAGGUGCAGGACCAACUCCAUUCACAUAUGUGCCGUUUGGAGGGGGCCCAAGGAUGUGUUUAGGGAAAGAAUUUUCACGAGUGGAAGUACUUGUGUUCCUUCACAACAUUGUCACCAACUUCAAAUGGGACUUGUUAGUACCCGAUGAGAAAAUUGAAUAUGAUCCAUUGGCUGCCCCUGUAAAUGGGCUUCCGAUUCGUCUCAAUCCUCAUUAGAUACAAGCAUGAUGAAUCGUUGAAGGAAUGUUGUAAUUAAGAAUAUCCGGGAUUUCGUGAAUUGCUAUGGGAACUCGGAUAAGAUGAUGACCAUGUUGAACAUAUAUAUAAACUAAUUUAUUAGUGUGUCAACACGUAUAAAAAAAUAUGAAAGUUAUACAAAAAAGUACUAUGUAUUUUGUGUAAAAUAGAUAUCGAUAUCUCUUUUUUCUUUUAUCAUACAUGGUACGUUACGUA